CCGGCCUUUGUUUCCGGUGCUCGCAGCGCCCUCUUGCUGCCCCUCCCCAGCUCGCUUUUGGGAUCAGUACGAGGCCGUCCGGAGCGUCCGUGUGAAGAAGAUAAACUGCGGGAAGUGGCUUCAAGAAGAAUCUGACCUGGAUUAUUCCUGAUUCCGUUUGAUUGGUCACAGUAAAGCUGAUGCCUCUCGUCGUUCCCCAUGCUAAAGAGACCACGUUCACACAGAUGAGCCAAGAGCAGUGGCAGCAGUGCAACCCCAGAUAGUCAGACGGCAGACUGCUCCAGCAGGAUGCCGUCAACCAGUCGAGCUGGAAGCCUGAAAGACCCAGACAUCGCCGAGCUCUUCUUCAGAGAUGACCCAGAAAAGCUUUUUACUGACCUCCGAGAAAUCGGUCAUGGGAGUUUCGGAGCCGUUUAUUUUGCACAUGAUGUGCGCACCAAUGAAGUGGUGGCCAUCAAGAAAAUGUCCUAUAAUGGGAAGCAGUCAAAUGAGAAAUGGCAGGAUAUCGUCAAAGAAGUGAAAUUCCUUCAAAGGAUACAGCAUCCGAACAGUAUAGAGUAUAAAGGCUGCUAUCUGAGGGAGCACACAGCAUGGCUGGUCAUGGAAUAUUGUUUAGGAUCUGCAUCAGACUUAUUAGAAGUACACAAAAAGCCAUUGCAAGAAAAUGAAAUUGCAGCAAUCACACAUGGGGCACUGCAGGGAUUAGCUUAUUUGCAUUCUCAUAAUUUAAUCCAUAGAGAUAUAAAGGCAGGCAACAUCCUUCUCACCGAGCCAGGCCAGGUGAAACUUGCCGAUUUUGGGUCUGCGUCAAUAGCCUCUCCCGCCAAUUCGUUUGUGGGGACACCAUAUUGGAUGGCCCCGGAAGUAAUCUUAGCCAUGGAUGAAGGACAGUAUGAUGGGAAAGUGGAUGUUUGGUCUCUUGGGAUAACUUGUAUCGAAUUAGCUGAACGGAAACCUCCUUUGUUUAACAUGAAUGCAAUGAGUGCCUUAUACCACAUAGCGCAGAAUGACUCCCCCACACUUCAGUCUAGUGAAUGGUCUGACUACUUUCGAAACUUUGUAGAUUCAUGUCUCCAGAAAAUCCCUCAAGAUCGACCUACAUCAGACGAGCUGCUUAAGCACAUGUUUGUCUUGCGUGAGCGACCAGAAACAGUGUUAAUUGACCUGAUCCAGAGGACAAAGGAUGCAGUCAGAGAGCUGGAUAACCUACAAUACCGUAAAAUGAAGAAGCUGCUUUUCCAGGAGGCCCAUAAUGGCCCUGCUGUGGAAACUCAAGAAGACGAGGAGGAGCAAGAGCAUGGAGUUGGCCGAACAGGAACUGUAAACAGCAUUGGUAGUAAUCAGUCUAUCCCAAGCAUGUCGAUUAGUGCCAGUAGCCAAAGUAGUAGUGUGAAUAGUCUUCCAGAUGCCUCAGAUGACAAGAGUGAACUGGACAUGAUGGAAGGAGAUCACACCGUGAUGUCAAACAGCUCUGUCAUUCAUUUGAAACCGGAGGAAGAAAAUUUCCCAGAGGAAUCUGAAUCUAGAACGCGGCCAUCAGAACCACAGUCUCCACCCCAGGUUUCCCGCCACAAAUCUCACUAUCGGAACAGAGAGCACUUUGCCACCAUACGCACAGCCUCGCUGGUGACGAGGCAAAUCCAGGAACAUGAGCAAGACUCAGAGCUGCGGGAACAGAUGUCUGGCUACAAGCGCAUGAGGCGGCAACAUCAAAAGCAACUGAUGGCACUGGAGAACAAGCUGAAGGCGGAGAUGGAUGAGCACCGGCUAAGGCUUGACAAAGACCUAGAGACUCAGCGCAACAACUUUGCAGCAGAGAUGGAAAAACUUAUCAAGAAACACCAAGCAGCCAUGGAUAAGGAGCUGAAGCUGAUGGCUAAUGAGGAGAAGAAAUUCCAGCAACAUAUCCAGGCGCAACAGAAGAAGGAACUGAAUAGCUUUUUGGAGUCACAGAAGAGGGAAUACAAAUUGCGAAAGGAACAAUUGAAAGAGGAAUUAAAUGAAAACCAGAGUACUCCAAAGAAAGAGAAACAAGAGUGGCUGUCAAAGCAGAAGGAGAAUUUUCAGCAUUACCAGGCUGAAGAAGAAGCCAAUCUCCUGCGCCGUCAAAGGCAAUACCUAGAGCUGGAGUGCCGCAGAUUCAAGAGGCGGAUGCUACUCAGUAGACAUAACCUUGAGCAGGAUUUGGUCCGAGAGGAGCUAAAUAAGAGACAGACACAAAAGGAUCUGGAACACGCUAUGCUCCUAAGGCAGCAUGAGUCGAUGCAAGAAUUAGAGUUUCGCCAUCUAAAUACUAUACAGAGAAUGAGAUGUGAGCUCAUAAAGCUGCAGCACCAAACAGAGCUCACAAACCAGCUGGAGUACAAUAAGCGAAGAGAGCGAGAGUUAAGACGCAAACAUGUGAUGGAGGUCCGACAGCAACCCAAGAGCCUCAAGUCUAAAGAGCUCCAGAUCAAGAAGCAGUUCCAGGAUACUUGUAAGAUUCAGACGAGGCAGUAUAAAGCUUUGCGAAAUCACCUUUUGGAGACCACACCAAAGAACGAACACAAAGCUGUUCUCAAGCGGCUGAAAGAAGAGCAGACCCGUAAACUGGCAAUAUUAGCGGAGCAGUAUGACCAUAGCAUUAAUGAGAUGUUAUCUACACAAGCACUGCGCCUAGAUGAGGCUCAGGAAGCAGAGUGCCAGGUUUUGAAGAUGCAGCUGCAGCAAGAACUGGAGCUGCUGAAUGCCUAUCAGAGUAAAAUUAAGAUGCAGGCGGACGCGCAACAUGAUCGUGAAUUACGUGAACUGGAACAAAGGGUUUCCCUCCGUAGAGCCCUUCUUGAGCAGAAAAUUGAAGAGGAAAUGCUGGCUCUUCAGAAUGAGAGAACAGAGCGAAUACGGAGUCUUUUGGAACGCCAAGCUCGGGAAAUUGAAGCUUUUGACUCUGAAAGCAUGAGGCUAGGGUUUAGCAACAUGAUACUUUCUAAUCUCUCCCCCGAGGCGUUCAGCCACAGCUACCCGGGAGCUUCUGGCUGGUCCCACAAUCCCACUGGAGGCCCUGGACCUCAUUGGGGACACCCCAUGGGAGGCCCACCUCAAGCUUGGGGACACCCAAUGCAUGGUGGGCCCCAACCAUGGGGUCAUCCUUCAGGGUCUGUACAAGGUGUCUCUCGUGGCAGUACAAUGGGGGUCCGCAACAGCCCCCAGGCUCUGAGGCGGACAGCUUCUGGGGGACGGACAGAGCAGGGAAUGAGCAGGAGCACAAGUGUUACUUCACAGAUAUCCAAUGGUUCACACAUGUCUUAUACAUAACUGCAAGAAAAACUUAACGGCCAUUCCUUUUGAUCAUUCAACACAAACUGCCUACAGAUGUCCUCACAGCAGCUUUCUCAAUGGUACUGAGCAGCUGCCAAAA